AACUUGAUGUACUUUGGCUGAGCUGUUUCCUGUGGUUUUCUUCAAACUGAUCAUAGAUUAGCUGGAAGAGGUUUGACUAAGAAAUACAUGCUAAAAGUCAUAUAGCAACAUGAUGUACCAGUUUUUUCCACUCUUCAGUCCACUCUUCCCACAGCAGGCUUACAGUUUAGUGGAGCCCCAUGUUGAAACAGACAUGAUACCUGCAUUUUUACUGAUGAUCCUGUACUGGAGCACAGUUGAAGGUCAAUUCAGAGUGGUGAAUGGGACCAGCUCCUGUGCUGGAAGAGCAGAGGCGUUUUUAUUUGGACACUGGAGGUCUGUAUGUGGCACUUAUUGGUCCAUGCAAGAUGCUAAUAUUGUGUGUAGAAAGAUGGGCUGUGGGAAUGUUGUAGCUGCACUUGGCAUACCUCAUUUUGGAGAGGCAAUUAAUGGAUACCAAAUAGAAUUUAAUGGUUGCUCACCACUGGAUUCUACUCUUGAGAAGUGUACCUUCGCCGUUCUUGGAGGUGAUGUUUGUCGUAAUUAUGCUAAUGUAAUCUGUUCAGAGUCUGUGAGGUUUUUGGAUGGAGCUGGUUUUUGCUCUGGAAGAGUGGAGGUGAAGUCCAAUCAGUCCUGGGUCUCAAUGUGUGAAGCUGACUUUGACUGGCAGGAUGCAGAAGUAGUCUGUCGGGAGCUUGGCUGUGGGGCUCCUUCAGUUCUGCAGGGGGGGCUCUAUGGAGGAGCUAAGGGUCCAAUCUGGCCUAAAGGAUUCCUGUGUAAAGGCAAUCAGUCUCUUCUUCUGGACUGUGACACCUCAGUGAGAAAAAACAACACCUGCUUACCUGGUAAUGCUGUUGGACUCACCUGCUCAGAACCUGCUGAUGUGAGGCUAGUGGGAGGAGGCAGUCGCUGUGCUGGUAGAGUGGAGUGGGACAAACUGGGAGAGGGGAAUAUGUCGGCUGUGGGAUAUUACUGGAAAUUGAAGGCUGUCGCUGAUGUAGUUUGUAGACAGCUGGGCUGUCGUUCCACUGUUUCAACACUGCUUGGAAACCGCACUGAAGGGUUUGAAGUUCACUGUAAUGGACAUGAAGAUGCGCUUAGGGAGUGUAGCAAAGCCUCAAGGCCAACUUUGGUGACUCCAUUAACGGUGAUCUGGUCAGAUCUCCUGCUUAAGCCUAAUAUCUCUCUGACCAUCUCAAUGGGAGGGUUCUCCAGGGGCCACUAGGGGACUCUAGAGGUGUUCAGGGGCCACAGCUUCACUAUCACCUGCUCCAUUCAGCCACAGUACCCAGGAGGCUCCUUCCUCCUCACAUACCCUGACUCCAACAUAACCCAGACUCAGCCAGCUGUCAAUCACUCUGCUGCCUUCUUCUUUCUCACUGCAGAUGACUCCUACCAAGGGAACUACAGCUGUGUUUAUGAGAUUUAUGUUUAUUCUCAUAACUUCUCCUCCGAGAGUGAUCUCCUCUCCCUCACUGUCACAGCCUCUCCUCUGACAGCUUUCAUCAUCAGACUGGUUGUAGUGCUUCUGACAUCAGUGACAGCCAACACCGCCAUCUGUCUGUAUUUCAAGACCACCAGGAGGCGAGUGGAAGGGGUGAAUUUGGAGAUGGUUUCUCUGAGGACCAGAGCUGAAGCCGGACCUGGAGAGAGCAGCCCAGAUGACAGACUAGGGUGAAGUUGACUGAAAAGUCUAAGUGUGGUCCAUGGGACAUCCAACUCUGACGUCACCCCAUUGAAGUUGAAAUGUAAAAAUGUUCAAAAUGUAGUUGAAGUCAUUUCAAAUGAAUAAAGGUUAGGGUUAAGGUUAGGAUAAUGGUUAGGGUAGGGUUUAGGGUAGGGUAGGCGUCCCAAGAUUCCCGGAUAGCAUGAACUAAAGUUGACCGUAGAGAUGCUGAACUGAGGUCAGUUUUUUGUUUUCCAGAUACCAUGGGACUGGUGUAGACUUGAUGGGAUUUUAAUCCAAACCCAAUUCAAUUAAAUGAGUGUUGAGUUUCUAUUGGUUGUGCUAUGGCUGCACUUCCUUGCUAUUUAUUUUAUUAUUAUCAUCACGUUUUAACGGCAUGAUGUGAUUCUUCUCAUGUUAUUUCAUAAACAAUUUCUCACUACAGUACUAUUACUGUUUGCCUAGAGAGUGCUAUUAGUGCAAUGUCGAAUAACACAUUUUAUAAAUCAAGUUUUUUGUGUCACUCCAA